AUUUGUUAGAAAUAGUAGUACCUCCUGUCCCCCGCCCCAAACCGCUACCUGUUUCUUCCUUGCUUUGGACUGUCUGAGCCUCUAGAAGAUUUCACAGCAAUGCUGGACUGCAGUGACUAUGUUCUAGACUCAAGAAUGAACAAUCCGUCAGAAACCAGUAAAUCGUCUAUGGAGAGUGGAGAUGGCAGCGCAGGCACGCAAACCAAUGGUCUGGACUUUCAGAAGCAGCCUGUGCCCGUUGGAGGAGCCAUCUCAACAGCCCAGGCCCAGGCCUUCUUCGGACAUCUCCACCAGGUGCAGCUUGCUGGGACAAGUUUACAGGCUGCCACUCAGUCUCUGAAUGUACAGUCUAAGUCUAAUGAAGAACCGGGGGAUUUACAGCAGCCAAGCCAGCCUUCCCAGCAGCCUUCAGUGCAGGCAGCCAUCCCCCAGACCCAGCUUAUGCUGGCUGGAGGACAGAUAACCGGGCUCACUUUGACGCCAGCCCAGCAACAGUUGCUGCUGCAGCAGGCACAGGCUCAGGCACAGCUGCUGGCCGCCGCCGUGCAGCAGCAUUCUGCCAGCCAGCAGCACAGCGCCGCCGGGGCCACCAUCUCAGCCUCCGCCGCCACGCCCAUGACGCAGAUUCCCCUGUCGCAGCCCAUACAGAUUGCGCAGCCAGCAACCCCAACACGCACAAUAGCAGCCACCCCCAUUCAGACACUUCCACAGAGCCAGUCAACACCAAAGCGAAUUGACACCCCCAGCUUGGAGGAGCCCAGUGACCUUGAGGAGCUUGAGCAGUUUGCCAAGACCUUCAAACAAAGACGAAUCAAACUUGGAUUCACUCAGAACCUCUCAUCUGAUUCGUCUCUCUCCAGCCCAAGUGCCCUGAACUCUCCAGGGCUGGUAACUGAGGGCUUGAACCGUAGGAGGAAGAAACGCACCAGCAUAGAGACCAACAUCCGUGUGGCCUUAGAGAAGAGUUUCUUGGAGAAUCAAAAGCCUACCUCGGAAGAGAUCACCAUGAUUGCUGACCAGCUCAGUAUGGAAAAGGAGGUGAUUCGCGUUUGGUUUUGUAAUCGCCGCCAGAAGGAAAAAAGAAUCAACCCGCCCAGCAGCGGGGGGACCAGCAGCUCACCUAUCAAAGCAAUUUUCCCCAGCCCGACCUCACUGGUAAGGACGAAAGUGGGGGUGCAAGCGCAAGGGUGCCCAAGUGCCCUGAACUCUCCAGGGCUGGUAACUGAGGGCUUGAACCGUAGGAGGAAGAAACGCACCAGCAUAGAGACCAACAUCCGUGUGGCCUUAGAGAAGAGUUUCUUGGAGUCCACUCAUUCCAGCGAAUCACGCCACCAUUCCUUCAGAAGCAUUUGCAGGCUCUCCCUUUAUCACCGGGUCCUCAUUUCAGGCACUACAGACACCACCUCCAACAACACUGCGACCGUGAUCUCCACAGCGCCUCCGGCCUCCUCAGCAGUCACUUCCCCGUCUCUGAGUCCCUCCCCUUCUGCCUCGGCCUCGACCUCCGAGGCGUCGAGUGCCAGUGAGACCAGCACAACACAGACCACCUCCACUCCUCUGCCCUCUCCUCUCGGGACCAGCCAGGUGAUGGUGACAGCAUCAGGGUUGCAAACAGCAGCAGCUGCCGCCCUCCAGGGAGCUGCCCAGUUGCCAGCAAAUGCCAGUCUUGCUGCCAUGGCCGCCGCCGCAGGACUCAACCCAGGCCUAAUGGCGCCCUCACAGUUUGCCGCUGGAGGUGCCUUACUCAGCCUCAAUCCAGGGACCCUGGGCGGUGCUCUCAGCCCGGCUCUGAUGAGCAACAGUACACUGGCGACCAUUCAAGCUCUGGCUUCUGGUGGCUCUCUUCCAAUAACGUCCCUGGAUGCAACUGGGAACCUGGUAUUUGCCAAUGCGGGAGGAGCCCCCAACAUCGUGACUGCCCCUCUGUUCCUGAACCCACAGAACCUCUCUCUGCUCACCAGCAACCCGGUCAGCUUGGUCUCUGCCGCCGCGGGGAGCUCUGGGCCGGUGGCCAGCCUUCACGCCAGCUCCACGUCCGCCGAGUCCAUGCAGAACUCUCUGUUCACGGUGGCUUCGGCCAGCGGGGCGGCCUCCACCACCACCACCGCCUCCAAGGCCCAGUGAGCGGGGCUGGGCGGGCUGCCGGCCGGGCCGAGACUGAAGACACCAUUGGCUUCCUCUUGCCAUGGUGCAAGGGAGACAAGGAGAGAAGACACAACACAUGCCGAGAGGAAGGAUGGAGACGGGACAACGUUUGCCUAAUUUUGUAAUAAAACACUGUCUUUUCAGGAUGCUUCAUGGACUGGAGAACUUUCUAACCAAAAAUUAAAAAAAAAAAAAAAGCAGAAACAAAAAAUGAAAAACAAAAAAAUAAGUGAAAGGACUACUUCUCAUUUCCAGCAGUCACGAUGACAAGUCAAGGUGGGUUACCAAUUCUGAUAGAGGAAGGGGAUUUCUCGUUUGUCUUGAUUUCUUUUAUUCUUAAAAAAAAUCAUUUUUAUGGGUCUGUUGUACAGGCCAUUAAGUCCUAAGAAGGUGUUUAUAAUCGUAUCAAUUGUGUUGGGGGUUCCUUUCUUAACUGGUACAAUGUAGGCAGGCCCGUGUUACUGUAUCUCUGUCACUGUCGUCGUUGUUAUUGUUUUAUAGAGAGUUUGGACAUGUUUAUCUCUUGCUCCUGGAUCCUAGUUCAGUGAGCCCCCACGCUGGGGGGGAGGGGGAUUUGGGGUCACGGGGAACUCACCUUCUUCACUGCGGGGAUGUUCUUGCUGGUUUCCUCACCCUUGAUGACCCUCACAGAGGUGCUAGAAAAUUAGCUUCUUUUGCCCCUUAUGCAAGAGGCUCGCUGCAGACGCCGAAGGCAGUGUGUGCGGACAGCCCCACUCCACCACGCCCGUCAGGCGGUGCCUUCGGAGCGCUUCUGUGUAGGAAGGAGUCCCUGCUGAACUAGCUCUCACCCCACCCCCAACUGGCCUGCGCCCAGCCUGCGCCUGGGCCGGGCUUGGCUCCGAAGAGCAAAGACUACUGCAGACGCCUGACUGGUGGCUCUCCUGACUUCUUACCCUGAGAAAUGCUCCUACUGUUGGUGUGUGUGUGUGUCUGUUCCAUUGGGUGGAAGUUUCUCGCCCGGACUUCCUUUCACUUACUUGGCAAAGAACAAAUCAACUCGUUGAAGCUGGGAACGUUUCCCUCCUUCGCUUUCUAAAGGAACUCUACUAGACUGUUCCAUUGGUUCCUGAUCACCCAAAGCAGUGCGAUGAGAAGAGUCUGAGGUCCCUACCUGUCCCUCUGGCCACAGACUCCCUUUUCGCCAGGCGGCUUAUGCACCCCUCUCACCCUGAGGCCCCUGGUCCUCUGACCGGAGAAGCCACGCCCUAGCCGGCCAUGGACGUGAGAGCCUUUGAAGGCCUUUGAGCAGGAACUUUGCACACGCCUCAAGUGUCCCCUUGGUCUGUCAGUGAUGCUAGGUAGGCCGAAUGGCAGUAACAUCUCUAGUCAGUGUGGAAAGGGAUGAGCUUCUGUGAUUGUUUUCAGGGUGUUUCUAGACUCUAAAUGAGCCCAAGAAAAGGAAAAGUUGAUGAAAGUAGAUGAAGAAGAAUGAGGGUAACUUGGAAAUUAGAUUCCGCUUUUUGCCAAUGUACUAUUAUUAUAGCAUCUGUACCAAAAAAUGUCCCCAAAGACUGGAUCGCCGCAGUGCAGCUCAUCUGAGCCCCCUCCCGUGUGGAGUCGAAGGCUCCUGUCCCGUGUCUGUGGGCGCUUGCUCACCUCUCCCCCCGGGGUCCCGUGGCUGCACCUGCCCUCUGAGCGGUGGGGGGGCUGCGAGAGCACCUAAGUUCCUGCUCUUCUCGCUGCUCUGCCGUCUGCAGAGGCUCGGGUUUCUGUGCACGUGUCUUCACAGCGGGGAGGCGGUGACAGACACAGUGCCCGUCUUUGUGUGCGGUCGUCCACGGGAGACAGGCACGUUAAUGUUACAAGGCCAGAAGCAGUUCGGACCCCGUGUGGAUUUUUCUGUUGUCUCUUCUGCCUUCCCCUUCUAUUUGACAGAGUAUUUAAUUACCACCCUCAGUGUCCUCUUCUCACUCUUCGCCUUCCCCCAAAUCCUCCAAAAUCAGUGAACUGCAAGCAGGGAGACUAACAAAUGUCCAUCCACCUUUUUUAUGUGUGGUGUGUUUUUUUAUGUUGUUUUUUUUUUAACUAAGCUUGAACCAAAGUCAAUUUUUAGCAAGCUGCUGUACUAAUGGACUAGUUUAUAACGUGCGGUUCAGACACAUUGAGGAGUUAGAUGCUACUGACAAUUUCUUUUUUCAUUGUCUUUAUUAAUUUUAUAUAAAAGUUGCUGCUUGUUUUAAUCUUUUAUGUUGGUAAAUUGUACUAUCGUCUGGGCAGACCUUAACUUGAUUUUUAAGUUUAUUUAGUAUGGUUGUAAAUAGAAUGGCAGUGUCAGUUACUAACUUUUCUCAUCCCGCUGUUUGCCUGAUAUAGUUAAAUUGAAUCUUUUAUCCUGACUUGACAUCUCCAACUUUAGUCUGUGCGAAUGGUUUUAGGACUGUCAAUCAUACUGCAGCUGCCCAGGGUUAUGAGUCCCUCCCUUGGGAGUGGUGAGUUCGGAGGCAGGAUUCAGGGAGGGAAAUACUGGCUUAGAGGUGAUGGCAUGAAUUUCCCAAAAUUGCUACCAAAGGAAGUGGAGAGUCCCAAGGACUCCAGCCCAAUGGAUUAAGAGGAAGGGCAAGGAAAGGCUGAGUUUGUUUGUUUUCCUUUGUGGUUCAAAAGUUGCUCCUUCUCCCAAGUAAGAUUCAGCAACAGACGUUAGUGUUUAAAACAAUACUAACUUAAAUAACAGCUCUGUUCCCGGCCUGUCGCUCAUCGAUUUGGGAAAGGGAAUUCUGCGGGGGAAUCGCUUGAUGAGGAUAAAACUUAAACUAGCAAAAAAAAAAAAAAAAAGACCCUGUCUUUAAAAGAAAUAAAUCCUUAGACAAAGGGAACUUAAAUUUUUUUCUUUUUUUCCUCUUCCUUAAACACAAGGUGUGAAAUGGAAGGUACAUCCAUACCAGGACACAUGAGACGCUAAAGCAGCUUGUUGAUGGUGUGUGGCCGAAACUCGGCUCCCACUCGCCGUCCCUAGACGUCCUGCUGAUCGUGUGGCCUCAUGACUCAGCUUUUAGUCCUUCGUUACUUUCUGUCAUCUUUUUUAUCAUCUCAAGAAAUGCUUUCUGAAUUGAAUGAACCUCCUAAGCUAGGUACUCUUAGCUUUUAGAUACCACAUAUGGGAGUCUGGAAGUUUAGGGGGUGCUGUUUGACCAAAAAGAGACGUUUGGUAGACUUUCUGCAUUUCUAAGAGGAAGGCCAGAUAGGUCAUCACAUUUCAUUGUAGCGUUCUUUUUUUCCCCCUUAGCGUUUAUGCAAGUUUUAUUUCAUCCCUGAAUUUGGUUAACACGUUAAACCAAAGACUGAUCCAAAAUGCAUUUGUAGCGAUACAUAUUUGCCCAUGGUAAUGGGCCUCCCAGGGAGGGCGAAUGUAAUGUUUGAACCCUGCUUAUCACGAGCGGUGUGGCUUGGCCAUGAACCGACUUGUGCCCUGCGUAAAUCUGAAGGACAGAGCAGGAAGGGCUUCUCACAGGAACCGUAAUUGUCCCUGAUGUAAGAAAUAAGUUGAGUGCUGUGUUAGCUUAAAUGUUUCUGAAGUUAUAUAGGCAGCUCUUUAGAAUUAUAUAGAUUGUUCAUGCCCAUUACACACUCCCUUUUAUUUAUUUGAUAAGAAAGGUCAGUACCAUCCCAAUUUACUCAGCUUAUUGUUAGAGAAAUGGAACCAAAGGAACCCAGAUGUCAUUUAUGUAAGACCAUACCUAUUUGUACUUCAUGAUAGCAUUAUUAGAAAUUCACAAUUUUUUAAAAGGGAAAAUAAGACUAAUUAAAAGAUUUUUAGUGAGAUUUUCUUGCCAGUUUGUUCUACAUAAUUCAUUGUCAUGGGAGAAAAAAGCACAAUUAUACCUCCUUUUUUUAUGUUAUUUUGUCCUCUUAUCCCUCAUUUAUUUGGGAAGGAAGGUAGGGAAAACCUUGCCUAUAUUAUCCAGAAGCACAGAUAUUUGCUUGAUACAAUAUUUAAAUUCAGCCCAAUCUUUAACAUUAAGUUUUCUAUUUAAAUUGCUGGGAAAGCUGGGUGCAGUUGCAAAUAUGGAAAUUAAUGUAGAUUUUUUUUUAAAGGUAUAAAUCCUGAUAGUCAACAUUGCAAUCUGUGUGUAAUGAACACAUGUCUUACAGAAGAAAUUCUUUGUACUUCACAAUCUAACGUUGUCAUCCCAAAGCAUGCCAUCCUCACAAAACUUGCUUUACCAAGAAAAAAGUAAAAUCGGUGAGAUAGGAAGAAAAGGGAGAAGUGUUGACAGGGAGGUCAGCAGGUCCUGAGCAUCUGGUGGGUGGUGACGGGAAAGCCAGCUUGCGGCGUGCCCCCACGGUGUGGGCCUGAGGGCUGCCGCGGCCCUGGGGCCCAGAGGUCUGUCUGCACCUCCGGAGCCCACAGUCCCCUGAGAGCCUGAGCACCGGAGCGAUUCCUUGUGGGACUUCGGUCACAUACUUUCUCAUUGAGGCAGCAUCUGAAGUUUUAGUCUUCAAACCAUGUUUAUUAGAGCCGAAAACUUGAAGACCAAAGACCUGAAAUUUAAAAUUUUUCAAGUGGGCGUGAAUCGGUAGGUCAAUUUGAUCAUAACCAUGAGGAGUUCCUUUUUGUCCAUGUGUGAAAAGCGUUCAGUGUAACGUUGUUUGUGGGAUGUCCUGACCAUUGUGAGGCCAUUUCCAGUCUGAAAACAUUUUGAGGACGACACUUAAUAAAAUGGUUAAUCUUUCUUAGCAUUUCCCUUCACUUUUGAGAAGGGAAAACAUCCUUUGCCAUUCCUUCAAGAGGCCUAACUGAGAUCAGCCAUUAUUACAGGUUUGCGUGGAUGGGACACACAGUGUGACGGGGGUGGAAUGAGCAGGCAACGUGCUGUCAUCGUCAAAGGCUGACACGGCUGUUCCGCCUCCUUUUCUUCAUCCAAAGAGAACAUGGGAGACCCCAGCGAGGCGUUGGAAAGGGCGGGAUGACUUUUCUCAGAGCUGCCCUCGUCACAGCCACAUUUCCACGUGGGUGUGACUUGCUUUCUUCCUGCCGUCCUCAUGAAGCACUUCCUUGUCUGCUAAAAGCAGCGCCCUUGGGCGAACCUUGCCUUGAGUCUAAUCUGGACCUCCUCUCCUCCCUCCUUUUCUCUCUGAAUGGUGAGACCUUAACCCGUGAGGAUAAAUAACGCUGGUGGGUAACAGCUGGCUCCUGGCACCUUCAUCAAAUACCUCAGCAUAGUUUAGCAUUGUUGCAGAGCUGGUUUUAAACUACAAACCAAAUAAAUAAUGAAAGGGGAAAACUUUAUAAAUAGUGGAAAUAAUACUAGCUAUAGCACUUAGUUGAACUGAUGUUUAUUAUGACUGAUGAACGUGACUGAUGCUGUAUGUGUUUGGGAUCCUGUUUAUAGGUUACAAUUUAUAGGGUUAGGGAGGGUUGGGGUGAGGGAGGGGAUUAUGUUAGAAGGACAUCGUUGCUCGUGGGGGUUGGUUUUUCCUUAUAUCUGUCUUGCCAAAGGAAACUUGAUGGUCCCUGUGACUGGGUUUGGGUCUGUUGGCCUCUCUGUGGUCUGACCUACAGCACACUGUGGUGACGUGCAGGCGACAGACACACAAGUGGUCCAGACCCACCAGGCCACCCUAACGAUUGUUACCUCUUACGUAAGAGCUUCUGCUUAGGCAAAGAAUGAAUGUGCGAGUGUCUGGGUGCCGGGUUGAGAAACAGAGGCAGAGCUAGACAUGCAGCGUUUGAUUUGGAGAGAAAAGGAGAGCUGAGCGACUGAUGCGUCUUAGUCUAGGAAAACUAAAGCAAAACAGGCUCUUCCUGCUGCCCGCUGUCAUGUUGGGUGAUGUGCUAGUAACACAGCAUUGGAAACCCUGACCUCCUUUUCUCGUACAAGGCUAACUGUUUAGAUAAAAAAAAAUGCAACAGCAGAAAAACCAAACCAAGAAGUUGAGAGCUGACCUGCUCGCCUCACUCACACCUGUGGUGAGGUGUGACCUGAGGGAACUGGUCGGCUGCUGAGACGAAGGGGGGUAGGGCGACUGGGAAAUGACGCAGUUCAGGGGACGCUCAUGUCCCCUCCGUGCCCGUGCCUGGGCAGACCCUCGUGGCUACCGAGUUCGGGAAUCGGCCGCAUCUCCAAAAGGCUGUUUUGUAAUAAACGAUCCGUCUCACAGAACUGAAGUGGGGUUUGGUUUGGAUACCAAAGACACUGCCAUGUCACUGUUUGUCCUUCUGCUUUCUGAACAGGAGCAAAAGCUGAAAUUGGGGAAAGCUUUACCUUUGUCCCUUUUCUCUUUCUCCCACCUUCCCCCACCUUCCCCACUUUCUGAAGGAAGGCUUGCUGGUCACCCUGGCUUUGGAAGAACGACUCAUUUAGUCUCACUCUGCUGGCUGUGUAAAGACAGUGACACGGUGUAGCCAUGAUCUCGGAAUUGCUGGGAAAUUGUGGGGAGGGCAAAAGAGGGCAGUGGGAUUCUUUUCUUAUCUCCCUUUCUGAUCAGUACAGCUUGUUUGAGUCCAGAAGAUAUUUAGAUGUGCUAUCUGUUCUGUCACUUGUAAAGGAUAAGCAUUUUCAAGAGCAGGGUUACAUGGAAAACCAAGACACCUUCCUUUCCGCUGCCAUGGAGCUGUCUUGUUCCAGGAUGUUCUUGCACGUGGGCUCCAGGGAGCUGAGUAGUUCGUUCUUGUGAUGUACUGUUGAUGCGACUCAGAAAGGAAGGGCAGGAAAAGGAAUAUAUUGCUCUCUUAAUGCUCCAUCAAGAAAACAGGGUGCAGAGCUUGGUGAAAGCUUUCCUAAUAGUCUUGUUCUGCCAUGCUGAAUAUGUGGUGUUAAUAUUGUGUGACUUCUCUAAACGCUAGACGGUCUGUAAGCAGGUAACAGGGACACUGAAGGUGGAAGCACUUGAAACAAAAGUUACAGGAAAACAGGUGUGUCCAAGGGACGCCGCUUUGAGCAUGGAAGUGAGACUCCCUGGCUUGGGGAAGCAAGCUGCCCGUGACGAUUCUGUGUCCCUGAGUGGCUCUGCCACCCAGCGCCACCUUCCAGGUCAAACCCAAGACCCUGUCAGAGAGCUCAGGACCCAAAGCUAAUUUCCUGCAAACAUCGGGGUCUGCUGCCAAGUCCCCCCAUGUUUUCUCUGUUACUUCCUCAUCAUUGUGCCGAAGGCUUCUUUCGGACCUUGAGUUGUAACCGCACAUCCCCAAGUCUGCAGGCAGACAGCCGGCAGUGCUGAGUAAAACAAGACAGCCAGACCUGGCUUGACGGCCGGGUCUCCCUCGGUGGGAAGAGUGGAGCCAGUAGAGACCCGGCAGUGCGCUCCCACCUAGCCCUCAGCACCUCGCAGCCUGAACCACAUGGCAGAAAAUGCAAUGCACUUUCAGAAGCCAAAAUGACAGUUCUGUUAGGAAGGGCUGGAGUUUCGGUGGGCGGGGGCGCCCUGUCUUUGGUUCUGCAGAAGGCACACGUUUCCUAAUCGUGGGGUGCCCAGUGCCAGCCUGGCGGUUUGUGAAACUGCAAAGCUGGGAGGGGUCAAGCAGGAGGGAGCGAAGACUUCGCAGCCACUUGGCGAGAGUGGCUUUCUGCCAUCGAAACGGCAUGUCCCCUGAGCUCAGGUGAAGGGGAGAGACAGCCAGCUCUCCAGCUUCUUACUCUGCUCUAGCGCGCCAGUGCAGAGCGGUCCCACUGUCCAAGGAGGCGCCCCCUGCACACUGGCCGGAGUCCGACUCCUUCAUCUGUGCUAGUAGCAACGGCUAGGUGAUAAGUGUGGGGUCCCCCACGCACAUCCAGCAGCUGUCGUAUACCUCAUUCGAACUCGUGACUGAGUAACUUGCUUUAACUCUCAGCCCUACAGAGUGGCCAAGCCCGCCCCCCCUCCCCCACGUUGCGCUCUGGCCUAUAGCAUCACAGGACCUGUAACCUGGGGUGGCACCUCCCAAAGCCUCUGAAUGUCGCUGCUUGAAAGCUACUGCAAACCGAGGGCAAAUUGCAAUUGUCUGUCUUUCGUCCCAAGGGGUCUUCGCAGGUCUCCUAGCGUCUGCUCCCCACCCACCUGUGGGGCUGGCCCGCUGCCCACACCCCCACCCGUCCACCGCCGUCCUGACUGCUGGCCACACAGCAGCUCCUGUCCCUGGUGGGUCCUGUGACCUUCAGGACUGGGGGUGGAAGGGAAGACACCCAAGAGGCUCCUUGACGCUGACUGCUGCACACCAUUUCACUUUUUUUCCUUUGACGUGACCAAAAAUAUCCAAAUAUUUAAGUUUUUAUUGUUAUUAAUAUUAUUAUUAUUUGACAAUCUUGUAUCCAGUGGGCUCUCUAGAAGCUGCACCCCCAGCCCUUUCACCUUUUCUUUGAAUGUAGCCCCUUAACCUCCAGUCCCCACUCCAGUGUCGCAAAAGCUUGGCCAGGUCCUCACUCAUACUGCUGCUCUUUGCCAGGGAGGGCGGUUUCUUUGUUUUGUUUUGUUUUGUUUUUUAAAUUUCCAGCCAAAACCAAAGAUUUCUUAAUGAUUGUAUAAACUCAAAACAAACAAACCAAAGAAAAGGGAAGUCUUCAGCGUCCCCCAGCCUGUGGCGUCCUGGCAUCCAGAGGAGGCCGGACGGGGCGGUGGCCCCGGUGGGUCCGCUCUCUGCAGGUGUGGCCGAGGUGCAUGCUCGCGCCAACUCGCGAGCCUGCCGUGGAGCAAACUGGCAUUUCAGAUUUUCCAAAACAGUAGACAGCACCCCACCACCGCAGCCAGCCCGUCACCGCAGGGGCGGGGCACAGGGGCGAGGAAGGUGGGGGGCUGCCGCUGGCCUGCGGACACCACAGCGGGGAAGCUGAAGGCGCUGGCGCAGGCUUGGCUGCUCUGCUGGGAGCUUCCACCUCUGGGCCGUGGCGGUGGGCGCGCCGCGGGGCCCUCUAGCCUUUUCUCUCUCUUCCUGUACUGGAACUGCUUGGAGGUGGCUGUCCUGUUUGUGAGCAAACGUGCAGAACGAGUGUCACGCUUUCCAUGUCCUUCCUGUAGCUGGUCUCCUUCCUGCAGCGCAACGUGCAACUAUGCAUCGAUUUCACAACCUUUUGUGCUAGGUAGAUGCCUGUGACUUUUUAACUCGGGGGGUGGGGGGGGGUGCAAAUGAAGGAACUUUUUACAUGGAUCUUUUUAAUCUCAGUUGACUGGGGUGGGGGGUUUGGUUCUAGGGUCAUACAAGCUCUAUCCCAAAGCAAAAUUCCAAUGUUAAUAAUAUUAGCCUGAUGAACAUACCAAAGAUAAUUUCUUUCCUGCAGAACCUUAGACUCGUGUAAUAAGUACGAUUACCCAGCACUUGCAUUAGUCUAACCUCAGUAAUUCCAAAGCUUAGAUGUAUAUUUUGGUAUAUUUCUGGGAUAUUAAAAAAAAAAUGUCGUUUAACUUCUUGUUUGUUUGAGUGUAAUGCUCUUAAACUCAUAGCAUGAAAAUAACUGAACUGUCCUAUUCUUAGUAGUUUGAAAUAAUAGUAUUUUUGUAUGUUUUGGGUGUGUCUCUGUAUGUAUUAACAUAACAGUUUUCACUGCCUAGGUGUUCAUAAUAAAAAAGAAAAUGAAAACGUU